AUGGCUUUUGAGACUGACUGCUUCGGCUUGCUCGCAAUGGAGAUACGACUUGAAAUUGCAGGUUACCUCCCUACCGCCGAUUUCCUUAAACUUCGACAUGUAUCGCGAGCGAUGGCAACCCUUUUUGAACUCCAGUCAUUCUGGAAGACGAGAUUUCGAGUCAAUGGAGACCGUGGAUUUCUAGCCUGUCUAGUGGAGGCAGCCCAAAGCCGCAAAAGCAAGAACAAGAACUGGCGAUCAAUUUACCGCUGUACGGCAAGAAUUGAUCAACCAUAUCUUCACCUUUGGGCCCUACGGCGACAGUGGAGAAACAACCGAUGGCUAGCAGAUAGGUAUUCAAUGGUUAAAGGCUCGACCGAUCAAGCUGGCCUUCAAAACAACUUGUUGCUUAGUGCAGUACCCUGGAAGGGGGUUUCUGUUGAAAUUCGCUGCGACAGAAAUUGCAGACAGGGGCAAGACUGGAUGAAGUGUAAAAACUGUUGGGAAGAGCAUGUUCCCGUCAUUCAAUCCGUUGCACUACAAAACAUGAUCGGCUUGGCAGUGUCGAUCUUACUUGAAGGAACAAAAACUUAUAUCACCGGAUUUGAUCUGAUAAGUGCAGACGCAGCAAGCCCGAACAUCACUUUUGGGUACCGAGUACCAGGAAGGCAAGUGAGAAUAAAUCUCCACGGCCAGCAACUACGAGGAUUCACGAUCAUAACGGGUGAUGGUGGAAUCCAUGCAAUCCGUCCUAUCUUCAACACAGACAGCAUUGCGAGUUGGAUAGGUCAACCAGAGAAUGACAACUUGUGCAACUCCACGUGGCUCAUCUUGGAAGAUAACAUCAAGGCUAUUUCAGGGAAAUUCGAUAAAUAUAACCAGAAGCUUAACCUUAAGCUAGUAUUGCCGGAUGGUUAG